UGUUUCAUAGUUUCUGAUCACCUCGAAUCGUUCAAGUGCAGUUCAGCUGAGAAGAUCACCGAAAACGUUUCAAGGACGAAUUAAGAUCCAUCGCAACUGUGCACGCGACCAGGAUCACUAGGAUACAUACAUGCAAAAAUGACGAAACCAAAUAGUGGAUUCAGGACACCAGAGAUCAUCUUUACCGUAACGCAUCAUUACUUACAAAAUCAUGUUCAAUUAAGAUUUAAAGUAAUAUUGGAGGUAAUAUCUAGUGAUUACAAAAUACAGUACACAAAAUUCGCUGAAUAUACGAUGGAUACUGCAAAACGGUAUACUGAAUUGUAUCCAUGGUAUCCAAUGAGUCCGACCAUGCAUAAAAUUCUAAUACAUGGUCUCAUAGUAAUUCAGAAUGCUCUACUGCCAAUAGGGCAAUUAUCAGAAGAGGCGGCAGAAGCUCGCAAUAAACACUUCCGUAUGUAUAGACAACAAUACGCAAGAAAAUUUUCGAGGGAAUCAUGCAAUUUAGAUGUCGUUAAUAGAUUACUUCUUACUUCCGAUCCUCUUUUAACCGGAAUGAGACCAAAAGUACAGAAGAAAACAGAACCGUUCCUUACAGAAAGAAACACUACAAAUGCUCAUUUCAGCUGA